AUGGCUUCUACCAUGGCUGCUAAUGCAAGCAGCGUGCACAACGUGAGUGGAGGACAAUCCGGCAACGGAUCGGAUCAGGCACUGACGCGAAAUACGCAGGUACGGUCGAGCCGCUCUAACAUGAGUUCAUCCGGGAUGAACAACGACCGCACACGUGGAUCCCAAGGCAACAGUGUGGGGAAGGGAUUCGGAGCUGGCAAGUCUAGCUGGAACAACAACAUCUGGGGCGACUCCAACCUAGGAGGGGGAUUCAGUGAUGGUAUGUGGACCUUCCGAUCGACCUUAUGGCCGUCACUCACCACCAGAAAAACAGAGCAACACAUCAGCGAAAACGCGUUUGAAGGAAAGUCAGGUUCGGGCUCCUUGCUGUCAUCUUCAGAGUCUGAUGGCUGGACUGGACGUCCCAACCUUCCGUGGAGUACUGUCAACACCUCGUCGCUCUCAAUGGGCCAGAACCGCAGCAUGGCGACCUCGCCAAUCGAAACUCGUUCGAAUGACCGCAGUGCCCCGGCCUUGAACAAUGCAGGCGACUCUUCAUAUUUCACACUCCCACGUACGACUGGAAUCGGGACUUCGGCCGGUACAGUGAGCCACCGUCCGUACCUGAACAGCAGCUCGGAGGGUGUUUCUCCAUCUGGAGAUGGUAUCACAUUCGGUGGUUUCGCUGGGCUUCGCAAUGGCGACAGUCGACGACAGAUGAGCACAACUGGUCUGAGUGGAAGCCCAGUGGGAGCGACUUUCCCCGUCAAAUCAGGUUUCGCUGGACCGAUGGAGGGCUCGCGUGAUGACAUGGCGACUCAAAUGAACAUGUCUUCUAUCUCUGGUAUUCCCGACAACAUGUCUCCCUCGCAGACCCGCAGUGGCCUUUCACACAUGUCACACAAUUCCGCCUCAUACGCUCAACGGCCUGUCCACUCCGCCAACCCCUCUUUCUACUCCGACAACCACAGCAUCGAUGGCCGUUACAACAGUGGCUCAAUGGAUCUUAACUCGGGAUUUAGCAAGCUCCAGCUCAACAAUGGUGGCUUCGGCGGACAAUCUUCUGUUCAGCGCCCGCCCUACAUGCCCCACGCUUCUUUCGAUGGGUCUAUGCCCCGAGGCAAGUUCCAGAACAACGACGAUGUCAGCUACCAAGCUUUGGCUGGCUAUGGAAAUGAUGCGGCGCAGGAUAUGCUCUACCAAACGCGAUCUCGUGGCGCAGACAAUGGGUCCAUCUCCCCCUCGGACUACGCCCGCAUGGACAGUCCGAUCUAUGCUGGUGUUGAUGGAGCUCAGUACCGCAACGCCGGUGCCCGCAUGUCUGAGAAUCAGGCUGCGGCUUUCGAGCGACGCCUCCGACUCCAAGAGCAAGAGUUCGUGCAGAGCCAAGGCAACGGCUUGCAGCGCAUGCAAAUGCCCCCCUCAUACGAUUACGCCGGUUUCCAGGCCGCGCGUUUCAAUGCCCUCCAAGGCUACUACCCGAUGCCCUCUUUGGGGCUUGGCAAUCCCGCCGUCAUCAACCGAGCACGAGAACAUGACCCUACUCAAGUUGUUCGCAGCCCACUUCUCGAGGAAUUCCGCGCCAACAGCAAGGGAAACAAGCGCUACGAGCUCAAGGACAUCUACAACCACGUUGUCGAGUUCAGCGGUGACCAGCAUGGCUCUCGCUUCAUUCAGCAGAAGCUGGAGACUGCCAACAGUGAUGAGAAAGAGCAGGUCUUCCGGGAGAUCCAACCCAACUGUCUGCAGCUCAUGACCGAUGUCUUCGGCAACUACGUCGUCCAGAAGUUGUUUGAACACGGCAACCAGACUCAGAAGAAGAUUCUGGCCAACCAAAUGCGUGGUCAUGUUCUUGCCUUGUCGACUCAGAUGUACGGCUGCCGAGUCGUCCAGAAAGCUCUCGAGCACAUCCUCACUGACCAACAGGCGGCCAUGGUCAAGGAGCUGGAGAACCACGUUCUGAAGUGUGUGCGGGAUCAGAAUGGCAACCACGUUAUUCAAAAGGCCAUUGAGCGUGUUCCUUCGCAGUACGUGCAGUUCAUUAUUAACGCCUUCCGGGGCCAGGUGAACCGUCUCGCGGCCCACCCUUACGGAUGCCGCGUUAUCCAGCGCAUGCUGGAGCACUGUGAGGAGGUGGAUCGGGAGUCCAUUCUGGGCGAGCUCCACGCUUGCACGUCGAACCUCAUCCCGGAUCAGUUUGGCAACUAUGUCAUCCAACAUGUUAUCGAGAACGGCGAUGAGAAGGAUCGGAACCGCAUGAUUGUGAUCGUGAUGUCGCAAUUGCUGGCUUACUCCAAGCACAAGUUUGCCAGCAACGUCGUCGAGAAGAGUAUCGAAUUUGGCGAGCCGAGCCAGCGCCACCACAUCAUUUCGACACUGACUUCUCCCAAUGACCGGGGUGAGAGCCCACUGCUCGGCUUGAUGCGCGACCAGUAUGGAAACUAUGUCAUCCGUAAGUUACUCCGUUUCUACUGCAGAAAGAUUGAAGCUUACUCUCGCCCUACAGAAAAGGUUCUUGGUCAACUCAAGGGCGCCGAGCGCGAGGCCCUCAUCGACCAAAUCAAGCCCCUGCUCAGCCAGCUGAAAAAGUUCAGCUACGGAAAGCAGAUCGUGGCGAUCGAGAAGCUCAUUUUCGACCCCAACUCCCCGGCAGCCGGUCCUCUGCCGCACACUACAUCGACUACUCCCCCGAACUCCCACAAAUCCUCCCCACAGCCCUCCAAGCGCACCAUCCCUGCCAUGGAGCAGCCGCGAGCUCCCUUCGUCGGCACUGCGCCGCCCACCCCACCUCCGACGGACAACCAGAACACUGUCGAUGGCUCUCUUGAGUCCAAGGGGCUUGCUAAGAGCACUGUGACGUCGGUUUCGAGUCCCGAGACAGGCAACGCUGGUGUUGCCGUCCCGGUCGAUGUCACCAGCGCUCACUAA